CUAGAUCAGUCCUUCUUCGUUCGUUCUUUUACGAAUCAGUCUUCAAAAUAAAGGGAUUCUGUUUUUCAUUUAAUUUCAAAAAAUAUCUUGUUUUAUAAAAAUCAUCAAGAUGGCAGAGUCUGAUGUUGCUGAUUUGGAUCUCACUAUUGACGAUUUAGUUCCAAAAAGUCCAGAAAGACUGGCUGAAGAAAAAAAAGAAAGCGGAAACCAUUUAUAUAAAUUCAAAAAUUAUAAAGGAGCCUUAACCAUGUAUGAUGAAGCAAUUAAACUUUGUCCUGAGAAUGCUGCAUACUACGGCAACAGAUCUGCUUGCUACAUGAUGUUAGGCCAGUACAAAAAGGCAUUGGAGGAUGCACAGAAAGCCGUCACAUUGGACCCGACAUAUACCAAGGGAUUCAUCCGUAUUGCAAAAUGUUGUAUUGCACUAGGUGACUUGUCUGGUGGGGAGCAGGCGGUGGCGCGCGCGAGCGAGCUGGGCGGAGCGGAGUGCGCCACGAGCGAGCGCCGCGCGCUGGAGUCUCUGCGGCGCCUGCACGACGAAGGCCAGCGCGCCAUGGAGGCUGCGGACUACCGCCGCGUCGUCUUCUGCAUGGACCGCUGCCUCGAUUACAGCCCGUCUUGCUCAAAGGCCAAGCUCAAAAAAGCCGAAUGUUUGGCGAUGCUUGGGCGUUGCCAGGAAGCUCAGGAAAUCGCCAAUGACUCUUUACGUUUCGAUAGUCUGGAUGCCGAAGCCAUUUAUGUGCGAGGUUUAUGCCUUUAUUUUGAGGACAAAGACGAGCAAGCCUUCAAGCAUUUCCAACAAGUGUUGCGGUUGGCGCCUGACCACAAAAAAGCUAUGGAAACAUAUAAAAGAGCGAAACUUCUCAAACAGAAGAAAGAAGAAGGAAACGAAGCAUUUAAAAUGGGUAGAUGGCAACAAGCUUUGACUCUCUACAAUGAAGCGUUGACUGUAGAUAAGAAUAACAAGACUGUAAAUGCCAAGUUGUAUUUCAACAAAGCAACCGUAUGCGCCAAACUGAACCAAAUCAAGGAGGCCGCGGAGGCCUGCACCGCUGCCCUCGAGUUGGACGAAAAUUACGUCAAGGCUCUCCUCAGACGCGCCAAGUGCUACACAGAACUCGGCGAGUAUGAGGAGGCUGUGAAAGACUACGAAAAACUGUACAAGAUUGACAAAAGCAAAGAGAACAAACAACUCCUGCACGAGGCCAAACUUGCCCAUAAGAAGUCUAAACGCAAGGAUUAUUACAAGAUUCUUGGCAUUGAAAAAACUGCAUCUGAGGAUGACAUCAAAAAAGCUUAUAGGAAGCGCGCAUUAGUGCAUCACCCGGACAGACACGCGGGCGCGUCUGACAACGAGCGGCGUGAGCAGGAGCGCCGCUUCAAGGAGGUUGGCGAGGCCUACGGGGUGCUCAGCGACCCCAAGAAGCGCGCGCGGUACGACCACGGGCACGACCUGGACGACGACGGCGCGGGCAUGCCGGAUAUCGACCCCAAUGUUGUAUUCCAAACAUUCUUCAAUCGUGGUGGCGGACAGCAUUACGGUUUUCAUUCGGAUAGUGGAUUCCCUGGUUCCACUUUUAGUUUCCAGUUUGGUUAAUUUAGUCACAAACAGAACCAUUUGUUAAUUGGCAAGUUAUUUUUUAGGUAACGUAAAAAACAGUUUAUGGUAUAGGAUAAAAAUUAGCUCCCAAUUAAUUUUCUGUCAUUCCACACUAAAAUACUUUUAUUAUAAUAAUAACAAGAUGGAUAUAGUUGGCAGUAAUAAUACUCUCCAGAGCAGAAUAGAAUGGUGUGUGCAACUCUUGGCCCCUCCCUUUUCCGAAUUUUAAAUAAUAUGUGACCAUCGAUUUAAGAAACUAUGGUGUGGAUGGUUGUUCGAUUGGGCUAUAGGUACCUACACAAGAUAUGGUCAUUAGGUAAGACCGCCUUACUUAUUGUAGAAUAAAUGAUUCAAAUAAUAAUGCAUACAAACAUAUGUAGCGAUUAAUUAAUAAUAUGGACUGAUUUGGUUAAGUAAAUUUAAUUUUCGUUAUUUCCUUAAUAAUAGCAUGUGAAUACUUUUUCGUGUUCUUAACCUUUUCAAAAUAAUGUUAUUAUUACAUUCUUCAGCUAACAAUGUUAAUAUAGUGUUCAUAAAAUAUUUUGAAGCUAAUGAAAAUUCAAUAAAUGUAUAAAUAAAUAUAUAAACUACGAAAGUAGCGCUCCUCAGUCAUAAUAUUGGAGAAUGUUCACUAGUUUUUGUUUAAUGUGGUUGAAUUAAAACCAACCGUUAAUGAACCUUAACUUAUUCCGCAUUAGGCCGGGAGCACUUCGGAUUCGUUUUUGUACGAUUGUGAAAGUACGUGCAAUACUUACGUAAAACACGUGAUUCUCCAUCUAAGUAUUGACCUUAUUAGUACUGACAAAAUUGUAUUCCGAAGUCCACCCAGUCUUGAAAUACAUUUCAGAAUUUAUAUUGAUAGAAACUCUGAAGUUUUUUCAAUUUAAACAUGUAAAUUAUCAUCAUCAUAUUCAUUAAAUAGGUAUAUUGACACCAAAAAUCUAUUAUACAAUUGAAACAUUUUUAAAUUGUUCUUAAAAUAUCUGUUAAUGAUUAUUAUGAUUUCAUAGUUAUGAAAAGUCUUUUCUUUCUUUCAAUUAAUAAUAUAAUUAAUGUAAGUGGUGUCAACAUCCCUAUAAUUAAAGUGAAACUACACUUUCUGAAAAUAUACUACUGUAAUAUUUCUUCAAAAUUUAAGACAUAAUUAUGUAUAGUUGUCAUAUUGUAUAUAAAAGUAAUUGAAUUCAUGAAUGUUGGUCCCUUAAUAUAGUCUACGUUGCUAAAGCCUCUGAUAUACAGCUAGCGUCACUGCAGUGCGGAGUAAAAAUUCAAUGUUAAUGAUGACGACACGGCUGUCGGUCACAUCAUCACAACGUAUGAAUGAUUUUAAAUCAUCGAUUUACUCCGCACCGCACCGACAGGGACUUUAAAAGAGUAAAAGUAUUUCUAAAAGGUAAUAAAUAUUAUUCAUUACCGAAAAAGUCUUUUCUCAGAAUUGUUUUGGCUCUUAUACACCACUAUUUUUUAACUAUUGAAUUAUUUAGAGUAAAAUGGCCUUAAUCGGAAACAAAUAAUACCUUUGUUAAUAUUUAAUAAAAUGCCAAGAAACCCAAUUGCUUUUAGCUAUUUGAAAAUUGUUACUUUUUGUUGUGGGAGGUUAUUAUUAAUCUUAUGAAUAUUGUCUUCGUUAGUUAAAAAGAAGGGGUGUAUAAUAUCUGUUUGUGAUGUAUUUUGAUUGCAAAAGUAGAUAACCACUGCCUUACAACUUCAAAUGUUGCAUUAUUGUUUAAGUAUUUUUACUACAAUGUACGCAGUAGCAAGUUAUCUACAUUUUUUUAUAAUAGCGGAUUCAUAAUAGUAACAACUAAAAAUAAUGUAAAACCUUGUGGGAAACUUAAAUUUAGAUUAUAGUGGCAACCAUAGAAUUCCUGUUUUAGUUUUAUCCGUUUGAAAUAAAAUAAAUUUCAUAACAACCA